GCCUCCGAAGAACUUGAACUGCUGCUGAUUGGUCAGCAUUGCCGAGUAGCAUCACAGCGCUAAUGCUCGGAGGAAAGCGCAGCGACUCAGUUCUGAUACAUCAGCUCACAGACGCAGCCUUGUGCUGAUCCUCAUCAACCUAAGAGUGAUGAGGAGAAAGAGAGAGCGCCAUCUACUGUACUGUCCCCAGCCAGGGAGAGAGAGCAAGGCCAAUUGUGCUCUCUCAGGGCUCCGGCUGCUGAUGGCAAGCUGCAUGACUGGGAUUCGAACACCUGCACCCCACAUUUGUGGUUAUUUAUUGUAAAUUAGAUUAGUGAUGUAAAUAUUGUAUAUAAAAUACGAUUUUUAAAGCUGAUGUCUGUAACUUUUUUUCAGAGUGGAUGAAUCCGAUUCCAGGUUAUGUUCAGUCAGAGAGAGAGAGCUGAGUCAGAAUCUUCACUCCUUCAUUUCUUUGGUUUUACUCUGAGUGAAUGGAGGAGCUACUGAGCUCUGAGUUUCCUCUUCUGAAGUCCCCGUUGCUCCACCAGCCGCUCGCGUUCAGAAAAACUGAGCCGGAUCCUCUUUUAGAGGCUGUACGUGUAAAUAAGUGAAGUAAUUGUAAUUAGGUAAUAUUGUAUGCAGAAAUGAAGUAAAGUUUACUAAAAGAAAGGAUUGACUGAAGUUCAGUUCACUUAUUUUACUCUGUCACAUUUAAGUCUUGAAACAGAGUUGAAGUUAAAAAAAAGCAAAUGCGAAAGUUUUUUAAGGUAAAUUUUGCGCAUCAUUUUUUUCAGUGUAGGGUGGGCUUUUGUUGUUGAGGGCAGUGCUGAGCAAUCCCGAGCAAUGAGCUAAUUACAUACAAUUACAUUCAAUUACUUGAUACUGUAUGUUUAAAUAGAUCCGGUCUUUUCUUUUUACUGUUGGGUUCUUGUUAUAAAUCAGUGUUGCUCAGGUGAUCUCAGGUAUGAACUCAGGUGUGUGUUUUGGGUUGCUAGCUCACGAUGGCUGUAUGGAUUAUAGUUACAGUUUAUCCCUGAUCUCAGGACAGUGUAAAAUUUCAGGGGCGUGGCCUAAACUCCUCUCCAUUCUCUCCAAACCCGUAAUUAUCUCCUACCUCAUCAUCUGGUUCUCAUGGAGGACCCCAACAGUGUUGCUAAAACCAAGAAGCAGAUCUCCUCCAUCACAAUGCUCCCAUCAGCUCACUAUCAGCUCACUAUUGUUCCAGCGCCUGCAGAAGAUCAUCCGUACAGGUGAACACCCAGCAACCUGAAGCUCCAGCAGCUCACCUGAGCUCAGGAAGACUGCCAGCUCUGACUCCACCUUUAAUACCUGCUCGAUUCAGUAAUUAAUAGAUUAAUAGAUAACAGAUUCAGAGAUUAAAGUAGCUCUUUUGAAAAGCAGCAGCUAUUUAAGGUGGAUCAGUAUCAGAUUAUCAGAUCGUGUGUCUGCUGGAGCUUUACUGCGUUUCUCUGCUGCUCUGGAGCUCAGAGAGUACAGUGAAGUGAUCCUGAGAUUUACUGAAUGAUUAGUGACUAAAUUUUACAAUUUAAGACAUUUUUAAACAGGUUUCCACUGAAAGAAGCAAAGAAGAAUCAACCUGAAGAGAAACCAGAGAGGUUGCACUGUUGAAGAUGGAGCUCUGGAGCUUUCCCACUAUCGCUCUCCUGGUCGGAACAGCCGGGAUCGCCAUAGCAACCCCUACGGAUACCAGCUUUACGGCAAAUCCGACCGUGACUAUGUAUCUAACAAAUGUCGGAACAUCGUCGUUCCUGACUGAUACGUCUUCAACUCCUGCCGCAACAGCGCCACCUGGAACCACGACCAGCGAUACCUCGGCAACCACAGCUGCACCCGCAACCACCACCAGCGUUACCUCGGCAACCACAGCUGCACCCGCAACCACCACCAGCGAUACCUCGGCAACCACAGCUGCACUUGCGACCACCACAAGCAUUACCUCGGCAACCACAGCUGCACCCGCAACCACCACCAGCGUUACCUCGGCAACUACAGCUUCACCUGCAGCCAACUCUACCACCGGAGCUGCGAAUUCGCUUUUGACCACGGCUACUUCUGGAACCACGAUCUCCUCCGUAACUACGGUAACCAGCACUGGUGCACCAGGCGGCACCUCGACCAGCUCAGCAACAGCCGGCAUUCAAUCCAUCGGCGUCACCACAGCAUCUUCCUUCAGCCAAUCAGGUUCAAGCAGUCCGCUGAUGUCAGCAACCAACAACGACACAACCAUCAUCACCGUAACCACCGGCAACGUGACCAUAGCAACCAACUCAACUGCAGAAACAACGGCGACCUCCUCCUCCACCUUCCUGCACUGCAACCAGCUUCUCACCGCAGGUACCCUGAUGUUGAUUCUGAGGUUUAUUCCUGUUUUAUAAAUGAAUCACAAGAAACAACAAGAACCAAAACUUAUUAAUUAUCUAUAAAACUCUCUAAUAAAACUUUCCCUCUUCAUUAAUAAUAAAACUCUCUAAUAAAACUUUCCCUAAAACCUCGUACGCCUCUUUAUUUAUACAUUUAUUUACAGGUUUUACAGAGUUACGUUUGUAAAUGUUUAUAAUAGUCAGAGAUCACUACAGCAGAUCUCUCUUUCUAUUUUC